UGAACCUUCUCCAUCGGAAUAUACAGACGCGUAUUGGAAGUUCUUGAGUGUAAUGAUUCAGGACAAGAUUGCAGUUGCAAUUAAAGGAGACAACUGCAUCCUCAAUUAUGGGUUCAGGUUGUUCAAAAAGAAUGAGAAGAUUGUCAGUCAACAUCAGUAUAUACGCCAAAAACUGAGAGAACUUGGCAGGCUUUUAUUGGAAGCUAAAAAAAUCACACAUGUGAAGACCAUUCAAGAACUCAUCAAACCUGAACAGUACUCCCAGGUUGUCAGAGCUGCAAAAAACCUAUCUGGAUUCAGUGAGGAAACUGGCAUAUACCAAUGUCCCUCUCUUGCACGCAAGGUAGGACACAGCCUGCAUUCAUUGGCUAUGUUUAUCAAGUCCGAAGGACUGAAAAAGAAAGAUAAAGAAACCAUUAAAGAUGCUGAGGAGUUCACACAGUUGUAUUUAGAGAGUUGGAGGUUUGAUAUUGCAGGCCAGGCAUUAACCCAGCUUAACCGGGCCAAAUGGAAUGCACCGCAACUUUUACCUCUUACACAAGAUAUCCAAAGGCUACAUUGCUAUCUAGAAGAAAAACUGCAUCAACAUCUCAAAGAUUUAAAAGAACAUCGUUCAUCCACAAAUUGGAAGGAACUUGCAAAAGUAACGCUGACUCAAGUUAUGCUUUUUAAUCGGCGGAGAGCAGGUGAAGUGUCCCGAAUGCGCCUGUCUGCAUACUUAUCGAAGGACACAUCAGAGGAACAGGAAGAUAUAAAUUUGGCCCUCACAGCGCUUGAGCAGAAGCUCUGCAGGCAUUUUGUGCAAAUAGCAAUUGUUGGAAAAAGAGGAAGGAAGGUUCCUGUUCUUCUAACCCCAUCAAUGAGAGAAUCACUUGAUGCUCUUACUGAGAGCAGAGAAGAAUGUGGGGUGCUGAAGGACAAUGAAUAUCUGUUUGCAUUGCCACAAUCUGACCAUUACCUCAGGGCUUGUGACUGCAUGAGGCAAUUUGUCAGUGAAUGUGCUGACAUAAAAAAUCCUCAAGCGCUAACAUCAAUUCAACUGAGGAAACAUAUUGCUACCCUGUCUACUGUUCUGAACCUCAAAACCACCGAGCUCGACCAGUUGGCAGACUUCCUUGGUCAUAAUAUCGCUGUUCACAGGAAACACUACAGGCUCCCAGAAAGCACCUUCCAAUUAGCCAAAGUAAAGUCCUCCUGGGCACUGGAACAAGGACGCCUAGGAGAUGUGAAUGAGACCAUUGACAUGGAGGGACCUUUAGCAGAGGACAUUGAAGAUGUCAGUAUGCUAGGAGAAGAUGGGUCAGACGAUGAGGUCAGCAUGUCAUCCCUGCAAGAAUGUCCCUCCACAUAACAAGUCCAAAACCGGAGUGUGUCUGCAAAAAAGAGAGGAAAACAAACGGCCGUCAAAAGAAGCUGGACCCCAGACGAGUGUGCUGCAGUGGACACACAUUUGAGGAGAUUUAUUGUAAUGAAUCAAGUUCCUGGUAAAGAAGAGUGUCAGCGCUGUAUUACUGCAGAACCUCAAGCUCUCAGAAACAGAGACUGGAAAGCAGUUAAAUAUUAUGUUAAAAAUCGCAUUACAGCCCUGAGAAGAAAAGUCUAGUGUACCUAAUGGAACUGAGGUAAAAAAGAGGAAGGGACCUUAAAAUGUUUUGUCUUUGGUUGUGUUCUGUUGUAACCUUUUUGUUGUUGUUGUUGUUGUUGUUGGGGUUUGCUCAGGUUUUAUGGCUGUCCAGUGGCCUACAAAUAUACAGUUAUACAAUAUACAGUUCUUAUUUAAUUUAAUUUUUUAUUUGAUGGAUGUAGGAUGGAUGUUGGAUGGAUAUUGAAUAGAUGUUUGAUAGAUGGAUGGAUGGAUGGAUGUUGGAUGGAUGUUCGAGAGCUGGGUGGAUGUAGGAUAGAUGAUGGAUGUUUGAUGGAUGAAUGUCGGAUGGAUGUAGGGUAGAUGAUGGCUGGAUGGAUGUUGGAUGAAUGUAGGGUAGAUGAUGGCUGGAUGGAUGGAUGUUGAACAGAUGUUGGAUAUAUGGAUGGAUGGAUGUUGACCAGAUGUUGGAUAUAUGGAUGGAUGUUGGAUGUGUGGAUGUUGAAUGAAUGUAGGGUAGAUGAUGGCUGGAUGGAUGUUGGAUGGAUGUAAGGUAGAUGUUGGAUGGAUGUAGGGUAGAUGAUGGCUGGAUGGAUGGAUGUUGAACAGAUGUUGGAUAUAUGGAUAGAUGGAUGGAUCUUGAAUAGAUGUUGGACAUAUGGAUGGAUGGAUGUUGGAUGGAUGUUCGAGAGCUGGGUGGAUGUAGGAUAGAUGAUGGAUGUUUGAUGGAUGAAUGUCGGAUGGAUGUAGGGUAGAUGAUGGCUGGAUGGAUGUUGGAUGAAUGUAGGGUAGAUGAUGGCUGGAUGGAUGUUGGAUGGAUGUAGGGUAGAUGAUGGCUGGAUGGAUGGAUGUUGAACAGAUGUUGGAUAUAUGGAUGGAUGGAUGUUGACCAGAUGUUGGAUAUAUGGAUGGAUGUUGGAUGUGUGGAUGUUGAAUGAAUGUAGGGUAGAUGAUGGCUGGAUGGAUGUUGGAUGGAUGUAAGGUAGAUGUUGGAUGGAUGUAGGGUAGAUGAUGGCUGGAUGGAUGAUGGAUGGAUGUAGGGUAGAUGAUGGCUGGAUGGAUGGAUGUUGAACAGAUGUUGGAUAUAUGGGUGAUUCUCGCGAAAUUAGACUUAUGAGGUGUCAUGAAACAUUUUGAUGAUCAAAGUAAAUGCUAUCAAAAUAAGAAGGAUACAGUUAUAAACAUCUCUUCAUCUACUAUUUUGCACAUGAUUUCAAAUUACAUCAUAAAUACCAAUUUAUUUAUUUUUUUCACAUUUAAGGGAAACUUUCUCAUUACCGCAACGUGUCCAUGACUGGAUUUGGGUUCUUUGAGGUGGAAUUUUUUUAUAAU